AUGGUUCGGGAUUUAUUUAUUUUUUAACAUGAACAUCACCUUGUUCUGCGGAUGUGUUUAUACUUAUUAUUUCCGAACUCACAAUAACGCAACAGCGGAAUUUCCCUCAAAACCACUACUCCUGCCGUCUUCUUUCUGAUUGGCUGGCUGAAACUUCCCUCGCUACUGAUUGGUCUUCUUUGUUGUCCAUCAUUUCGUUUCCUGUUUUCAUUUUCCCCCUGCGCUGAAGUACCAAAGUUUAAUUCACGGCGAUGUCGGUAUCGUGAGUUCUUGGCUUUUACCAUGUCGGCCGUCACCCAGCAGAACAGGAGGCGACGCCCCCCUAAAAUGUACAUAUUGACGUCCGACCACAAAGUACAAGACCACCUGGACGGUACCAUUCGGCUGCAGAGGGGGAACCUGUGCCAGGAGCAGGAGGGUGGAGGAGAGCGCGGUGGAAGAGGGGACUUUUUAUGGGUAAAGGUUGUAGACAAUGGCACGAUGGUGAAGCUUGAUAAGCACUUACUAACCGAAAUAUCCGCUGAUCAGGCCGGCUUGCUGGAGCCCAUCACUGACCCUGAGUUGCGCUUCAAACAGCUCUCCAAACCUCACCGGCUUGCCAGAUUGGCCAGUUUGCCCCUGGGGUCGCCUGUGGUUGUUCGGUACGGCCAGUCAGGAGAACUGGCUGAUGCUGAGCUCCGUUACCGUGGCCCUUUAACGCGAGGAAGUGGCGCUGUAUAUUUUGGGGUCCAACUAAAAGGAUCGGCAUCAGGCAGGGGCAGCAGUAAUGGAAGCUACAAAGGCCACCAACUUUUCACAUGCCCUGAACAGUGUGCCCUUUUUGUGUCAGUCAGUGAAAUCACAACACCUCGAUCCUCCCGAGGCAGCAGUUUGGGGGAUAAUGAGCCUCAACAAAGUGAAAUAAACAGACCAAACCAGAACAACCAGAGUUCUAGUCAUGUCCCAAAUCCAGUUAGUGUCUUGGCACGUACAGCGGAAUCGGUGCCAGUUAAUACUUCCUUACCUCUGCUGCAAAUGGGGCAGAGGGUCUGCUUCAACCAGGACAAGGUGCACCACUGGGGCACGGUACAGUACUGCGGGCAGCUUCCGGGCCGUAUAUCAUCAGGAGGAGUGUAUGUGGGAGUUUUGCUGGACAAUCCAGUCGGAAAUUGGAACGGUUACUGUAAAAACUACAAGCUUUGCUCCAUUCCUUCUCCUGAGUUCGGCCUCCUUCUUCCCCUUUCCAGAGUAGCUGCAGAGACAAGAUCAGAGCGCACAACUCCAGAAAUCCCUCCACUUCCUUCCUCCAAAAAUCUCUAUCAGCCUUCUUCACCCACUCAUAGCAAGCACCUUCCGCAGACUAAUAUACCAACAAACCCCAGCCACAGCCCUAGACUGUUGAUCGAACCUUCCAUGCUAGCCGUGGCUAAAUCUGCUCUACAACCUCCAACUUCAUCAACAGCUUCAAAAGUCGCUUUAAAACCUCCUCCUGUCCCGAUCGUUAAACCCGCUGUCAAACCACCUCCUGUGCCACCAAAUAAGCCACAAGCCAUGCCCCCUUCCCCAUCCACAGACCAACUACAUACUUCAAAUGGAUUUCAUAACCCACCUUCUCCACUGAUUGCAGAGAAAGCAGAGGUUAAUUCGUGGUUAGAGGUUGGCUCUAUGGUCGAGGUGAACGACCCGCCCCUUUUUGGAGUCAUUCGGUGGAUUGGAUACAUCAGUGGAAUUUCAGAACCAGUGGCUGGCAUCGAACUGGACCAGGAGCUGACCGCUGCAACGGAUGGCAAUUACCUUGGCGAGCGUCAUUUCCGUUGCCCCCCUAACAAGGGGCUGUUUAUCAAACUGCGUAACUGUAGGCGAGACUCCAGAUUUCCUGUCCCCGAGGCGCCGAUCAAUCAGGUGGAGCGCUGCAAUUCGAUUGCAUUUGCAGAAUGGGGCAGUAAGCGUGUGGAGGAGAACACGCCACCUCUGUCCGGUCAGGAGGCUCGGUGGUUGUACGAAGGCUUUAAGAAAGGCAUCCAGGGCCAUCUCAACUCAUGCUACUUGGAUGCAUCACUCUUCAGUCUGUUUUCAUGCUGCAGUUCAGUCGACUGGGUUUUGUUUUGGCCCUGCAACGAAGAUGGCCACCGAAGCAAAGAUGCUCAGGAACUACUGCGCUGUGAAAUUGUCAAUCCUUUACGCAGGUUUGGAUAUGUGUGUGCCAGUAAGACUAUGGCAUUGCGGAAGCUUCUGGAAGCCGAGACGACAGAUGCAGGCUUUACUAAUGAAGAGAAAGAUCCUGAAGAAUUCCUCAACAAGCUUUUCCAGCUCCUCCGGGUGGAGCCACUUCUGAAGAUUAGAUCUUUGAGCCAGGAGCCACAGGAAUGCCACAUUUAUCAGCUUUUCCCUCCGACACUUCCCUGUCCAUCCUCACCUAUUCGUUCUCCGCUCUCACCCUCUCUCUCUCCCUCUCUCUCACCAAUCCCUCUGUUCUCACCCUCAGUUGGACUCAUGAGGGUUGCCAGCGUGCAGACACUGCUGGAAUCCUCCUUCAUGCAUUCUGGGCUUAAAUUCACAGAGGCUCCAUCCUGCCUUCCUCUGCUUAUGCCACGCUUUGGUAAAGAGUUUAAGAUGUUUGAUGCCAUUCUCCCAUCACUCACACUCGACAUCACAGACCUUCUGGACGAGGCUCUUCGACAGUGUAGUAUAUGUCAGUCAGUGGCAGAAUGGGAGUGUUCACAGUGUUAUGAGGAUCUGGACAUCACACCUGGCCAGUUAAAACAGUACUGCAACACCUGCAAUGCGCAAGUUCACGCCCACAAGAAACGCCAGACACAUAAACCAGUCAAGGUCAGAAUGCCUCAGGGCACGUGGGAGGGACCAGUUCACGGAGCUCGCCAACAAUUAACUCUCUUCGCUGUGACGUGUAUUGAGACCAGUCACUACGUGAGCUUCGUCAAGCACGGGCCCCUUCCUACUGACUGGCUCUUCUUCGACAGUAUGGCUGAUAGAGAGGGAGGGGAGAACGGAUUCAACGUGCCACAGGUGAGGGCCUGUCCAGAGGUGGGACGUUACCUGAGCUUGUCAGAGGUCGAGCUCAGCCGCUUAGACUCCACCUUCCUGAAAGAGCCAGUGCGAAGAUUGCUGUGCGAUGCCUACAUGUGCCUUUAUCACUGUCCUGAACUGAGCCUGUAUAAGUGAAGUAAAGAACUAGCAGCGAUGCUUGUCCUGACAAACCACCAAGCUUUUAGUGUUUCAAAUACAUGUGAAUCUUCUUUUGGGGUGGGUGUGUGUGUGAGAGAGACAUGGCGAAAGAGGACAAACUGAUUGUAGCAAACAGAAUAAAACUGAAAACCAUAGACUGACAGUCAACUGAUUUUGAACACUGUAGGAUUUUAAAACAUUUUUGGUUAAAUCUCAGGCAAUGGGCUCAUCUUAAAUACAAAAUCUAAAGAGUAGGUAUAGGUGAAUUCAGAAAUAAUAAACAACCUUGAUGUAAUUGCAAAAAUAUGAGGUACAGUGCAUAAUUUGUCCUAGAGUUGAGACUGAGGCUGUCUUUUUUGUUCAACCAUAUCACAGGUAAAUUCAGGAGCAAGAUCAAUGUAAUUCUCCUAUAGCCUAGGUCACAAUCGGACGUACGAUUUUUUGGCCGUGCGAUUUUUGCCGUUUCCCAAAUCGCUGCGUUUUUUUUUGUUCGUGGAGAAAGACGCACGUUGGCCGUAAGUUUGUCUUGCAACCUGAAAAAAACGUAAGCACCCGUAGAGUUUGUUUGACAUGACAAAGAACCUCUGUGGCCGGUCUGUGGCUCGAAAAUCAGCACGUCACACUCGCGCCCUCCGUGCGUUUCUUGCGUUUUUUGCACGUAGACCGGCCGUAGGAGCACGUACGGCCGGUUGUGACCGAGGCUUAUUUGAUAUUAAACUUUGGUCAAAUAUCUGUCACAUUCUGCAUUCUCUGCAAUUUUUUUACCUUGCGCAAUACCAGAAAAAUUCAGUUGAAAUCAAGCCAUUUGAGGCGAAUUGAUCCGCCUCUGAAAAAACUUGGCAUUUGGAUUUCCCGGCAAACACUGAUUUUCAUGAUGUCGCGUGCGGGACGCCUCCCUCUGAAUCCUACGUCAGCGCUGGUUUGUUUAUGAGGAAACGACCUGGUGGUUUUCUGCAAAUUUCUUCAACGUUAUCGCGUAAUUAUUAAAAUGGUUAACAGAUGUAUCGUAGGAGGGUGUAGCAACACCAAUCUUGAUGGGAUUAGUACUCAUUGUUUCCCAAAAGACCGGACAAUGAGAGAGAAAUGGGAGCGCUUGGUCUACACAGGCUGUGCACUGAAACCGUGCAAAGCUCGCGCAGCCUGCUGGCACUUCCGCAGGUGACGUCACGAAUCUGGCUCCAGACUCCCUUGGGAUUUUUCCAGACGUGUUUUGCUAUUUUAUUUUUUUCUGCUGUAGACAGAUGGCCUUGUGCAAAAUUACCCUUCUGGAUGAGUGUGUAAAGGGACAUACUUUCAUAUAAAAAAAAAAUGAAAUUGGUCCAGAAUAUGCACUUUAAUCUAUAAAAACCUCCAUGUGUUCAAAAACAUUUUACUGCCUGUGUAUGUUGAAAUUCAUCUGAACCAGUAACAGUUGUACAGGACUCCAUCUGUACACAUCUGUCUGAUCAGGCCGGUGUGCUUUUUAUCAUCAUACUUCUGCCAGAAUUCAUAUUGAAUCAUUCACAUUUUCGAUAGUUUUUCACAUUUUCCAUGUUUAGCAGUCACAUUGAGAUUAUAGGAGAUCUGUAGCGAGCACAACUGACAAACACAAACCCAUUUAUCUGUCUUCACUGGAAAUGUUGUCUUUACAUAUUCUACCUGAAAAGUAUAAUGGUGUAUAUAACUGAGAGCUGAUUAAUAUUAUGGGUAUAAAAUCUACUUUUCAAACAUGUCUGUCGGUUUCCUUUGAGCAGUUAUUUAAUAAAGUCACAUCACUCACUACUUUUACAAUGAAAA